AUGACAUCGUUCCCCGUAGAGAAACCUGAGUCAGAGUGGCAGGCGCAGCUCAGCGCAGAGCAGUUCCGAGUGCUGAGGCAGAAGGGCACUGAGCGGGCCGGCACCGGUGAGUACAACAAGCACGAUGAAAAGGGCAUCUAUCGGUGUGCCGGUUGCGACACUCCUCUCUUCAGCUCGGACACGAAGUUCAACUCGGGCUGUGGGUGGCCUGCGUUCUUCGAUGCCCUGCCCGGUGCUGUGCUGCGAAACGAAGACACCACGUUCGGCAUGACGAGGAUCGAGAUCGUAUGCGCCAAGUGUGGCGGGCACCUGGGCCAUGUGUUCAAGGGUGAGAAGUUCCCCACGCCGACGGACGAGCGCCACUGUGUCAACUCUGUGAGCCUGCGAUUUGAGCCGGAGGCUGACAAGGCCAAGCACUAG